AUUCAUAUCAGAUCAGUUUUUCUAAACAGCAAAUUUUAUAUGAAUGGAAAAAAUUCUUUUUUAUUUAUAUAUAAAUUACCAUAAGUCGUAUGUGCUUUUGAGGAAUCGCAAAAUUCAGGAGCAUUAUUAUGGAUGUAGUUAAGCAGCAGUACUCCUACGACAUUAUCUUGCUACAAUCAAGUCUGACAGUUCCUCAGGAAGAGGAGAAUCCGUAUACGUAUAGAAUUCGCCUAUAUAAUGACUUUGUAGAACUGACCGAGGAUCGGUUGUUUGUCGACCAGUUUAAUCGCAAUCCGAUAGGUAGCUUCGUGGCCAGUCCCUGCAACUUGGUUGGUUCCCUAACCACCAAAGGUAUCAGCGUGAAUGUCUACGCAGAUGGUACGCUGUUCGGCUGCGGCAACUGCAAGCCGUCAGAUGAUCUUCUGCGCAACCUGGCUGAUCCCACCUUUUCGAGCAAAGAGGCCAUGACCGUCGUCCUGCGGAAGGGCAAAAAAAUUGUGGGUCAGCUUGGGAUUAAAUUAUUUAUCGGAUCUGUCGAUCCGGAUCUGGACACUCGUCUGCUUCCCGUUGGCUGUUAUGAUAUUUGCAUGCCGCAGGACAAGUCUGUCAAUCCGCGUGAUGUCCUAUUCACGCUGGGCCGGUCCGGCAGAUGCGCGGCCAACGCCUGCAUAACGGACGAGCGCCUGAUGACCCAUGCCGGAGCACCCCUUGGCUGCAAGCACAAGCAGAGCGAGCCAACUUCCAACGAAUGUGGCUGUGCGGUGCGUGGUGCAAAGCCGCCGCCAGCCCAGGAUGCAGCCAAGGACUGUGAGCGCAACAUGCUGAGGAAACUGCUAGUGGAGCUGGACGUGGACAAGGAGCGUGUGCCCACGCCGCCGUCAGCCCACGCUCGAUCCAGAGAGUGCCAGUGCGCGCGUUACGAUUCGAGUACUGACAGCAGUUCGUGUGACUCCAGCGGAGAAAGUCUGUAUGCAGAUGCCGUGUUGCCGCCACAAGGACAAUUAGAAUUUGAUUCGGAGCUCACUCCACAGCAGCUGGACGAGAUACAGGAAAUGCGCAAACGCGCCCUAGGUGUCGGCGUGGGCUUCCAAGCACCUCAGCUAACCACCGCCAAGUACACGCCGCCGCUGCUGUGCACCAUGUGUCAUGCCAACAUCACGUGGCUACCGAAAUUUUCACCCUGCCCGUACUGCGGAUACAAGCGCUGCGACCUGGACCUACCCAGCGAGGAGCCGUUCGACGAGACGGCCACCGCAGCGGACGUGCUGCGCAAUCAUAGGCUCCACACUCGGGUGAGCAGCGAGGCCAAUCAAAAAAAACGCUCCGCUUGCAGCAAAGACGAUGCCACGUCGCGCAGCACUUCGAAGACCACGAAGGCCUGCAGCUGCAAUGCGGGACGCGUCUGCACUCGCUGCCGCAUCCAGCAGCUGUGCGAUAAUGUAGUCGUGCCGAAAAUCAAGACGCCGGAGCGGGGGCAAAGCCAACCGCCGCCUAAGAAGACCCCAUUGACGCCGUCGCAACACCGAAAGCAGCUGCUUAAGAUAUUUUCCGAUAUGCAUAAGAUGUACGGCGGCAAGCCGUCUGCCAAAGAGGCUGCCAAAGAAGUGGAAAGGGACUGUGAGGCGAUUAUACGCAAGGCUAAGAAAGGUCGCCGCCGAUCAGCCGUUAAAAAGGGGCUCAGGGAUAUGGACCAAGGUGUACCGAUCGCCAGGAAGAAGAAAACUAAAUGUAUGAAGCGAAUGAACAAGCGUCGCAAGUCCAAGCGCUAUACGUUCUUGGUGCGUAAGGAUCCGACUCGGACCUUGAACGCACAUAAAAGCUGCUCACAUGGCACCGGCAGAGUACCCUGCCAUAUGGGCUGGAUGUGGACAAAGAGCGAGCUGGCCACCCAGCACAAAUGCUGGAAGCCGGGCGCAAUCAAGAAGCCAAUACGCGAGCUAAUGGCCUAUUUUCUGAAGGACUACCCCGCGGACAGAAUUGUAAACUCACGCUUUCAUUAUCAGACGCGCAAGGAACUCGAGAAGUACGAAGAGGACGAGCCUCUCAUACAGUAUCCGACGCUUCACAUAGUCAAGAAGCACGACGAGUACACCAUCACGCUGCGGCCGCUAAAGGAUCCCAAAACCCUGAUGGUGGCCGCCAAUCCAUAUGCGAAUAUGAAGCCAGUUGUCUUUCGCAUUAUCAAGGACCCGAUCGCGACGGGCAGGCGCAACAUCAAGCUCAGUCUCAACGAGAAGGGCUAUCAGCCGUGCAGCUGCCAUCUACCGGUGUCUCAGUGCUUCUGCCGCAGCUAUGUGGAUCAGAAGAUUCUCGCCCAUGAGGUAAAGCUAUUGAGCGAGGAGCUCGGCUGGCAGGACAUAAGCGACAACUUCGUCUACUCCGAUCUCAGCGAGAGCGACAGCGAUAACGAAUUGGAGUUCGGGGUUACCCCGCCGGCGGGCGUAGUGAAGCCGGAACGUUGUAGAAGACCCGAUCGGGUUAACUGUGAGACGCAGUACAAUGAGAACGACUGGGCCGCGGCCACCAUGUAUCCCCAUCCGCAGAGCGCUCUGGUGCAGUACGGCGGCUGUGUGAUGGGCGAGCGUAAGGACAGAUUCCCUUGGAUACUGGGCAAGGGCUUUGUGCAUCAGGAGCCAAAGCCACCGAAAAUGAUUAACAGACGCAAGAAAGAGCGCAAAUCCAAGAAAGAUAAGUCCAAGAGCCGACUAAAAGGUGGCUCCGAGGCUGUAAUUUACAAAGGCGGAUUCGACCCAUACAGCGGCAAGCCCACCUGGCGCAAGUCAAACAUACCUGGCUACAGUGAACUGUCCAAUUACAAGGAUGGACUAGCAAGCAUGCGUUAAGCAGAAAAAAAAGAACUGAAAUUUUAAGUAAACUGAGAAAUUCAAGAAUCUGUUGUAUUCAUGAUCUAAACAAAAAUAAUAUGAACUUAUCUGAUCAGCGAUGCGGAGCACGAGCAGUGCGCAGAUUUUAAGUUA